AUGUUUGGCGGCGCGGCGAGAUUUGGCCCAGUGCGGGGUGCCCUACGACAGCUGCCAAGUUCGCGACGGCACUCGAGCCAGUACGAACAGACGGUCGGCAACCUGCGCAUCAACCAGGACAGCAGGGUCAUUUUCCAAGGUAUGAUGCCAAUUCCCCGAAUUUCACCGUUUCCCAAGCUCACGUGUUUCAGGAUUCACUGGGAGAGCGACACCAUCGCAUACGGCACGCAAAUCGUCGGCGGCGUCUCGCCCGGCAAAGGCGGGCAGACGCAUCUCGACCUGCCCGUCUUCAACACCGUGCGCGAGGCAGUGCAGCAAGUCAAGCCGCAGGUGAGCGCCGUCUUCGUGCCGGCGGCCGGGGCGGCGGCGGCCAUCAUCGAGGCCAUCGAGGCCGAGGUGCCGCUCGUCGUCAGCGUGGCCGAGCACAUCCCCGUGCACGACAUGCUGCGCGUGCACGAGGUGCUCCAGACGCAGGGCCGCACGCGGCUGGUCGGGCCCAACUGCCCGGGCAUCAUCGCGCCGGCCCAGUGCCGCGUCGGCAUCAUGCCGUACCGCCAGUACCAAAAGGGCUGCGUCGGCAUCGUGUCCAAGUCGGGCACGCUCAGCUACGAGGCCGUCGGCGCGACGAGCAAGGCGGGGCUGGGCCAGAGCAUCGUCAUGGGCAUGGGCGGCGAUUUACUACCAGGCACCACGCUCGUGGACGGACUCAGGCUGUUCUUUGACGACCCAGAGACCAAAGGCAUCAUCGUCAUUGGCGAGAUUGGCGGCGAGGCGGAGCUGCGCGCCGCCGAAGUCAUCCGGGAGUACCGCGCGCGCACGGCCAACCCCAAGCCCAUUAUUGCCAUGGUGGCAGGGCGGACGGCGCCGCAGGGCCGCGUCAUGGGCCACGCCGGCGCGGUGCUCAUGCCCCGGGACGUGUCGGCGGCGGACAAGGCCGAGGCGCUCCGUAGGGCGGGCGCCGUGGUGGUGCCGCAUCCUGGCGUGAUGGGCGAGACGAUGAAGGCGCUCCUGGGCAUGUAG